CAUUCCAUUUCACAUGAAGAUCUAGAUCUGGGUCCAGACAAAUUUCACCGACCCAGCUCUUUCACAUAUGUAGACCUCUCUCUCUCUAAUUAUUCAGUAAGGUUUUGUUCUCUCUUGUCGUCUUCUUGUUUUGUCCGUAGCAUUAUUAAUAAUCAAACUCAGUCUCUGAAAUACUCUCAGUGACAAACCACUUCUGUCGACUUUUGUCUUUGUCUCUCACUAGCUAUAACCAAAAAAAUCCAAAAACCCAAACCACAGUUUCUUGUUUUUGUUAUCAAUGUCUAGUUAUAUGCACCCUCUUCUAGGGCAAGAACUGCAUCUACAGAGACCUGAAGAUUCCAGAACCCCACCUGAUCAAAAUAACAUGGAACUUAACAGAUCUGAAGCAGACGAAGCAAAGGCCGAGACCACUCCCACCGGUGGAGCCACCAGCUCAGCCACAGCCUCUGGCUCUUCCUCCGGACGUCGUCCACGUGGUCGUCCUGCAGGUUCCAAAAACAAACCCAAACCUCCGACGAUUAUAACUAGAGAUAGUCCUAACGUCCUUAGAUCACACGUUCUUGAAGUCACCUCCGGUUCGGACAUAUCCGAGGCAGUCUCCACCUACGCCACUCGUCGCGGCUGCGGCGUUUGCAUUAUAAGCGGCACGGGUGCGGUCACUAACGUCACGAUACGGCAACCUGCGGCUCCGGCUGGUGGAGGUGUGAUUACCCUGCAUGGUCGGUUUGACAUUUUGUCUUUGACCGGUACUGCGCUUCCACCGCCUGCACCACCGGGAGCAGGAGGUUUGACGGUGUAUCUAGCCGGAGGUCAAGGACAAGUUGUAGGAGGGAAUGUGGCUGGUUCGUUAAUUGCUUCGGGACCGGUAGUGUUGAUGGCUGCUUCUUUUGCAAACGCAGUUUAUGAUAGGUUACCGAUUGAAGAGGAAGAAACCCCACCGCCGAGAACCACCGGGGUGCAGCAGCAGCAGCCGGAGGCGUCUCAGUCGUCGGAGGUUACGGGGAGUGGGGCCCAGGCGUGUGAGUCAAACCUCCAAGGUGGAAAUGGUGGAGGAGGUGUUGCUUUCUACAAUCUUGGAAUGAAUAUGAACAAUUUUCAAUUCUCCGGGGGAGAUAUUUACGGUAUGAGCGGCGGUAGCGGAGGAGGUGGUGGCGGUGCGACUAGACCCGCGUUUUAGAGUUUUAGCGUUUUGGUGACACCUUUUGUUGCGUUUGCGUGUUUGACCUCAAACUACUAGGCUACUAGCUAUAGCGGUUGCGAAAUGCGAAUAUUAGGUUUUAUUUAUUUAUUUUUUGUUUCUCUUAAAACUUGGUGUGUGAAAAAAGAAAACGAACGCUUAAAUUUCCUUUUUCUGUUUGUUUUUAUGA